UGCUUUUUGAUCGACGGGAUUUCUCCUUUUACUGUAAUUCACAUUAUCUGUAAUAUAAAUCCAGAGAGUUCAAAAUCAAACCGUUCCAUACUCUACACUAGUGUUUGUUCGCAAUCCUCAUCGCCUAACGAAUAUAUUUACCACGUUAAAUGGAUUCGGUUUCGCGGUAGAACGACGUCCAUAAUCACACAAAACGAAAAUGGGCCAUGCCCAUUAAUUGCCAUUUCCAAUGUCCUAUUGUUGCAAAAUGUCAUCUCGUUGCCUCAAAACACAGAAGUCGUGACAGGGGAACGUUUGAUCACCACACUGACCGAUGUAUUACUGUCAAAGUCCCUGAAGGGUUUGGAUAAAGGUCAACUGCUCAAUUACGAAACCACGGUAUCUGAUGCCUUGAAUUUGUUUCCUAGUCUUCAAACUGGUUUGGAUGUGAAUGUUCGUUUCACGGAUGUGUCCGCCUUUGAGUUCACCUCGGUUUUGGGUGUGUUCGACCUGUUUGGAAUCUCUUUGUAUCACGGAUGGUUGGUUGAUCCAAGAGACAUGGAAUUAGCCUCAGUUGUUGGCAACCGAACGUAUAAUCAGCUGGUCGAACAAAUCAUUCAUUUGAAGGCGUCCACCAAUCCGGAAGACGUUCAUAAAGGUCUACUGGCGGACACAUUUUUGGAGCAAACAGCUUCACAACUGACAUAUCACGGGCUGUACGAAUUGGCCGAUACAUUGAACGAAGGACAACUGGCUGUUUUGUUCAGAAAUAAUCAUUUCUCCACCAUCAUCAAACAUCAGGUAUGCCCACAUUGUGUGUGUGUGCACACGUGCACUUUGUGUGAAAUCGGUGUCGAAAUACUUUCGCACUCUUUUUUACAACCAAUAACCAUGCACUUUCGUGCGCCUGUUUUGGUUGCCCAUUUGGAUAAAAGAGCGAAAUGA